UGCCCACCCCAACAUCACAACCAAGACCCGCGCUCUCGACACACCCGCCGCCAUUUGCGCCCAUGUUGACCCCAGAGCGCUCGCUCACCGUCGCCCGCAAACGGAAGCGCGCCGGCUCGCCAGCGCCCGAUCGGCGCCUGCACAAGCAUGCGCGGCACUCGCACGACCCCGCUGCCGUCUACUACGACUCCCUCUCGCGCAUCUGGCUGACUAAGGGCGCGCUGCGCGAGCUCGACCGACGAAAUGGCCAGACGCACCAGUCGCCGCUCUCCCCGCCGGCGUCUCCGUCCUCGCUGCUUGAGCUCGACAACGCCCACGCAGCAGCGCUCCGACGCUUCGCGCGCAACGGCGGGCCAGACCUGUCAGACCUCCGACACGCAAGUGCUCCAAGUCCUCUCCGCUUUGCCUCACUGACAGCCCGUCUCCAGUCUCUGUCACGCGACCGUGGGGGCUCUGCGCGUUCGGUGCCGUCGCAACCUGAAGGCGAAUCUCGGGCGCCUACGCAAUCGAGCAGCCCAUACGACGAGAAUUUCCGCCAGCAUCUCAUCGACCACAACGUAUUCCCGCCCUUCUAUCAGCUACGCAACGACGGCACACUGCAAACACUGCCGCGGGCGCACAACCACGACGAGGUGCUGGCAAGGCUCCGACAAUCUCGUACAGACCUCUCAUCCGCGCCCUUCACCAACGCCGCCUUCCACAAAUUCCAGGUCGACUACGCGAACGGCCCAGAGGAGGGGCUGCUUGAUUUCGUAUACAGUGUCCUCGAAGGCCCAGAUAUCGACCGUGGAGGCCGCGGUGGAAGAUCACGCUUGACCAACCUCGCCAAUCUAAUUUCUGUUACCCUCACCGCGCCAAUGCCAGACCUCUACUACGGUGCUCACCCGGAGGAGAUUCUCCCAGGUCUUUGGAACCACCUGUCCAACCACAUUGAGCCAUCCACCCAGAAAGAUCUCCCUGCUGCACCAAAUUUCUUCCUUGCUGCCAAAGGACCCAAUGGGACUCAAGCUGUCGCGAUCAACCAAGCCGUCUAUGACGGCGCCACUGGAGCAAGGGCCAUUGCGGCGCUAGAGAACUUUGCGGGGACUCCAUCAAUGGACGGCAACAUCAAAGCGAUUUCUUCAGCCUUGGUUGGAGGAUCACUUUACAUCUAUGGUGUCCACCUGGCCCCGCCUAUGAACAACCGUUCCUCCAUCACCUACAUUGUACAACAGCUUGAUGCCUACUGCCUUACUGGAAACCUCGAGAACUGCCGGAGAGGGCUCACCAUCUUUCGCAAUGCUAUUGACUGGACUGGAGAGCUUCACAGUGCAGCUAUUGCGAAGGCCAAC